UGGAUCUCCAUAUGACCGUCUGCCAGCGUAAGCCUAAUCCAACGAUAAGAAUAUAUAUAAAGGCGUCGACGACGCGAUACUUUACCAGACUCGUGCCUCUGUUGGUUUGCCAGGCCUAACUCCUCAUCCGACCUCAUCCCUGCGACCGAGACAAGUGCCAUUCCUAAACAAUGCUGUACCUCUACUUCACAUUUAUUUUCUUCCUCUCCACUCCUGUUCUCGGGCAGAUGACCACUUUUCUCGCCUACGACAUCAUCUAUGGCGAUGCCAACUGCCCCCUCUCUAGUCUCGCCUGCUCUGACGGGUCCAACGGACUCGAAAGCAAAGGGUACACCAUCCUUAGUUCCUUCUCCAACUUCCCUUACCUCGGGGGCGCACCAACCAUCGCGAACUGGAACGACGCUAACUGCGGCAAAUGUUAUGCCAUCACGUAUGCAAAGAACACUAUCAACGUCCUUGCACUGGAUGUGUCGAAGGAUGGGUUUACGGUGUCACCACAGGCGAUGAACGUACUGACGAACGGGCAGGCAAACGCGUUAGGGAGAGUAGAGGUCACUGCCGUUGAGGUGCCCGCCAGUGAAUGUGGCUUGUGAGGAUGGGAGGUGACGGCGCAGUUAACCUUGCGAGCGGCACGUUAGCAGGGAUCAGCAUUGAAGGACCUUGUCUGUAUUUCUUGGCGGUGUAUCAGGUUCUGUACAUGGACCCGUUGAUCCUUUGAUUAGAAUACGGGCUUCUUGUUAUAUCUUCACUUGGACGACUUGUACCGGGACGUUGUCGGUGCCUUUAUCGGUACCUUAGACUUGAUACGUGGUUUGUAUAACAUCUAGGCAC